CUGGUAGUCAGUCUCUCUUGAGCUCGCAUUCACGCAAGCAGUUUUGCGGGGCCCCCUGUUUUUUCUUCCUGAUGCCCUGGCGGCGACGACGAAACUAGAUUAGUGUCUAUCCCCUUUGGCUGGCCUGGCAUACAUUUUACGCAAUCCGCAACUUCCAUCCAGCGAAAAACAUCGCGUCGUGGCCAUCAGGAGAGUGGGAUCGAUGGUUUUCCUGUUUUGAAACAUCCGACAAUCUCGUCGUGGUGGUGUUUGUGGCUAAAAUCGCUCGUUGAUUGUGGUGAUAACAGCUAUAUUUUAUUUGUUGUGCAAGUGGUGAAAUCAGUGUUGAGUGUGGUGCAUUUUGGUGGAGUAUUAGUGCAUGACGUGCCCCUUUUUUCGGUUGUUUUGAUUUGCCGUGCCGAGUGUUCUGAUUGUUGAUUCUUUUGACAGUUUGUUCGUUCGUCGAAGAAUAGGCCAGGGGAAGUGGUUCACCUAGAGUGAAUUUCUGUCAAAGAAAAAGUAGAUUUUGUAUGAGAUUUGACAGAAAAAUGAAUGACAAGUUCAUCCACUUCUCCUGGCCUAUGUGAGAGGGAGAGAGUUUUAUCUUUCUCUCAAUUUUCUCUGCGUGUGUUGUUUUUUUUUCCUUUCGCUUGAUUCGAACUGUGUUUGAGGUGAGAGUGACAGUUUGCUUUUCUCACCACACCGCCACGGCACCACAUAUCAUUCACCGCUCCUGCUGGGCCAUUCACCACACACCAUUCCGUCAAUAGUGGCGGUGCGAAGCGAGCUAGUCGCUGAAGCGCUUUAACCUUUCUGACAUUGAAACUGCUCGCGUUUGGCGAAGCAUUCACUCCUCUCUGUGAAUCGGUUGCGGUCAGUAGCAAAUUAGUUUUUCUUGCAUUAAGGCAAGAAAAAAACGGAAGUUAUCACUUUCAUUGGCCAGUUUUCAUAUCCAGAUACCGGGAACGGAUGGUUUAGUUAAUCGUGGAGUUGUCUAAUCGGUGAACGAAAUUUGUGUGGUUUCUGUUCUGCGAAUCAAUUAUUUUUUGAUCGGGAAACGCAAGAAGACGGAGGUGGCUGAGUAGGAAGAAAAUUAAUUGUUACCGUAAAAUGGCCAAAGACGAAGAGGAUGAUUUGCUGCCCGACAAGGAUGCGGCCAAGGGAUUCUACGCCAAGUAUGAGCCGAAGGAGAUUCUGGGCAGAGGAAUCAGUUCGACGGUUCGGCGCUGCAUCGAGAAGGAAACGGGCAAAGAGUUUGCGGCCAAAAUCAUCGAUCUCGGCGCGAUCGAAGCCGGAGAUUCCAAUCACAUGCUGGAAGCUACCCGCCAGGAGAUCCAGAUCCUGCGGCAAGUCAUGGGCCACAAGUAUAUAAUUGAACUGCAGGAUGUGUUCGAGUCGGAUGCUUUCAUUUUUCUGGUGUUCGAGUUGUGCCGCCAGGGCGAGCUGUUCGACUAUCUGACCUCGGUGGUGACGCUGUCCGAGAAGAAGUCACGCUACAUUAUGAGGCAAAUUUUCGAAGGCGUCGACUACAUUCACUCGAAGAACAUCGUGCACCGUGAUCUGAAACCGGAAAACAUUCUACUGGAUGACUGUCUGAACGUGAAGAUUACCGACUUUGGCUUCGCACGGAAGCUGAAAGAAGGCGAGAAGCUGUUCGAUCUUUGCGGCACCCCUGGUUACUUAGCCCCGGAAACGCUCAAGUGUAACAUGUUCGAAGAUGCCCCCGGCUACUCCAAGGAAGUAGACAUUUGGGCGUGUGGCGUGAUCAUGUUCACACUGCUGGUCGGCUGUCCCCCCUUUUGGCACCGGAAGCAGAUGGUUAUGCUGCGGAACAUCAUGGAGGGCAAGUACAGCUUCACCUCGCCCGAGUGGGCCGACAUUUCAGAGGACCCCAAGGACUUGAUCCGCAAGUGUCUGGUGGUGGACCCCAGCAAGCGCAUCACCGUGACAGAGGCCUUGAAGCAUCCGUUCUUCAACACAGUACUUUUCGAACAAGACAUUGGGCCGUUGAAGCGCAGCCUGUCGGCCAAGUCGCGACGCUUGAGUCGUAUCGCCGAUCUGGCACUGAACGUCACGGAAAAAAAAUCACACCUCCUGCGGCGUCAAGCGGCGGAAGCAAACAAACAGUCAGCAAACAAUUCCGACUCUGUCAAUAGUAGUCCCAGUAGUAGUUUUAGUGCUUGCCGUCAUCAUUUGUGCUCUUGUUUCUCGAAUAUCCUAGCUCGUUAUAGCCAUUUACGCAAACAAAGUCAGUUUAACGCUAGGAAAAAGUUCCAAUUCGCUAUCCUAUGUAUUAGAGCAAUGGUUAGAAUAAAGAGGCUACGGUACACGCCGGAACCGCUGCGGGCCGAGGACGCACUCAGAGACCCCUACCGCAUCAAGGUGCUGCGAAAGGUCAUCGAUGGCUGCGCAUUUCGAGUGUACGGCCACUGGGUCAAGAAGGGCGAGGGCCAGAAUCGGGCCGCCCUGUUCGAGAAUACGCCUCGAUGCGAGGUUUAUAACCUUUAUAUCAACAGCCUUAACCGAUAGGCUGUAGCGCCGAAGAAGUGAUGACGACCAUGUACAAGGACUCCCGGACCUUGGAGUGUUUUUUUCGUUUGAUAGGAAGCUUCGUGAUGGAUCGCAUCCGACACCUUUUACUUAGCACCGCGUGUGGGCAUACACUGAGAAAAACACCGAUCCACCUACAGCAUGUUCCUUAGAGAAGAGCGGGAGUGAGCGCGAGUUUUCGUAUGACUGAAUGGAUUGAUGGACUUGCGCCAUGCGGGACGGAGAGGAGUCGUCAAGAAGGGGAAACGGUUUAAGGUUAAUCGAGAAAAGUGAUCAGUCAGUCUUAGGGCAGAAAUAAUUAGUUCUAUAGUCAAUAGAAGUAACGUAUUUUUUUCUCGGAUAGAGUGUAUAUUUAAGUUUUUUCAACUUAUACUUUAAUAUUUAUUGUACCUCAAACAAAAAUAUAUUCUCUUUCGUAUUUGGCGUUUGUAGAUCGGAUCGAAGUAGUUAAUAAAUCCUUAUUAGAUAUCGAUUUUCUCAUAUGUUAUUCCCAAAAAAGUGCGUUUUUUCUUAACUCAUUUAUCCGUUUAGUUGUAAUUCGUAAUAAUUAUAACCCCCGUGCUGAAGAGACAAACUUAUAAAUACUGUUAUCUAGAUAUUAAAACCAUUUCCGUUUAUUUUGAUAUUAUUGGACGAAAUCGAUUUUUUUUCUCCCAAAAGAAAUUUAUAUUUGAUAAGCUUGUUACGUAUCGUGGAAUUGAAAAAGAUUUGACUACGCAGGAACUAGCGUAGUAAAAUAUAUCAACCAUUUAAGGUAGCGUAGAAAACAGUAAACAAAUUUAUCAGUUUUUUAUUCAUCAAACAAAGCAGCACAGAUAUUUCCAAAACCGUAAUAACGUGUGUAGUUGCAUUGGUAGCCCCAAAAUUGGAACACUGAAACGCAAAUAUCAACCCUGAGUGGAUUGCCAAACGCUUGAAAUAUAGUGAGAAUCUGCAAAUCAAAAUGAA